AGGCAGAUCCUACAAAACCAUCAACAUCAAGAGAACCAAAUAAUACAUUAAGGAUAAAUCAUCUAGAAAAGUUUCUUUGAUUAAUUAUGUGCCGUUCAAAAUUCUACUCAACCCCAUUUCGCAGAUCAAAGAAACAAGGAGAAGCAGUCGAACAAGUACGGCAUUCGUUCGUUCAUUGGCAACAGAAUCUGUGUCAAAGUCGGCUGAAUAAUCGAAUAUGGAUGCUCCAAAAGAGAUCUUUCUAAAAGAUUACAAAUUACCCGAUUACUACUUUGAUACGGUGGAUUUAUCCUUUUUCUUGGGCGAAGAAAAAACAACCGUCUCCGCAAAAAUCAGUGUCGUUCCUAGAGUUGAUGGUGUCGCCUCUCCAUUGGUCUUGGAUGGGGUUGAUCUCAAGCUGAUUUCGGUCAAAAUUAAUGGCAAUGAACUUAAGGAGGGAGAGUUUCAGGUGGGCCCACGACAUCUUAUUCUCACGUCACCUCCAAGUGGGAAUUUUAUAUUGGAAACCGUCACUGAGAUAUUACCACAUAAGAAUACAUCAUUAGAGGGCCUUUACAAGUCUUCUGGUAAUUUCUGCACACAAUGUGAAGCAGAAGGUUUCCGGAAGAUAACAUUUUAUCAGGAUCGUCCCGAUAUUAUGGCAAAAGAUACUUGUCGUAUUGAGGCCAACAAAUUACUGUAUCCGGUGUUGUUGUCCAAUGGAAAUCUCAUUGAGCAAGGAGACUUAGAGGGUGGAAAUCAUUUUGCUAUAUGGGAGGACCCGUUCAAGAAGCCAUGCUAUCUCUUUGCUUUAGUUGCGGGCCAGUUAGAGAGCCGAGACGACACUUUCACGACCUGUUCGGGUCGUAAAGUUGCGCUGAAAAUAUGGACCCCACCGCAGGAUCUGCCUAAAGCAGAACAUGCCAUGUAUUCUCUUAAAGCAGCCAUGAAAUGGGACGAAGAUGUUUUUGGUCGCGAAUAUGAUCUUGAUAUCUUUAACAUUGUGUCUGUUCCAGAUUUCCUGGGAGCCAUGGAAAACAAGAGCUUGAACAUCUUCAAUUCAGCGCUUGUUUUGGCAUCACCAGAAACCACUACCGAUGCGGAUUAUGCUGCGAUUUUGGGUGUCACUGGCCACGAGUACUUUCAUAAUUGGACUGGCAACAGAGUAACAUGUCGGGACUGGUUCCAAUUGAGUUUGAAAGAAGGUCUUACCGUUUUCCGUGAUCAAGAAUUUUCAUCUGAUAUGGGAAGUCGUACAGUCAAGCGGAUCGGUGAUGUUUCAAGGCUUCGUACACGCCAAUUUCCACAGGAUGCUGGUCCUAUGGCUCACUCCGUUAGACCUCACUCUUACAUCAAGAUGGACAACUUCUAUACAGCCACAGUGUAUGAAAAGGGCGCUGAAGUCGUUCGCAUGUACAAAACAUUAUUGGGAAGUCAAGGGUUCCGAAAGGGGACGGAUUUGUACUUUGAAAGGCACGAUGGACAAGCGGUAACUUGUGAAGAUUUCUUUGCUGCUAUGCGAGACGCUAAUCAUGCAGAUUUUGCUAAUUUCUUAUUAUGGUAUUCACAAGCGGGGACUCCUAUUGUGAAGGUUACUUCUUCUUACAAUGCUGAAGCUCGUACAUUUUCUCUGAAGUUUAGUCAAACAGUGCCACCUACGCCAGGUCAGCCGGUAAAAGAACCCAUGUUUAUUCCUGUGGCAGCAGGGCUUCUCGAUUCAAGCGGCAAGGAUAUGCCAUUAUCAUCAAUCUAUCAUGACGGGAAAUUAGAGUCUGUUACAUGUUGCGGUCAGCCCGUUUACACCACUGUUCUCAGAGUCACAAAGGGUGAAGAAGAAUUUACGUUCUCUGAUGUGCCGGAGAAACCGAUUCCGUCUCUGUUGCGGGGUUACAGUGCUCCUAUCCGCCUGCAAUCUGAUCUCACAGACGAUGAUUUGUUUUUCCUUCUUGCUCAUGAUUCAGAUGGAUUUAAUCGUUGGGAAGCUGGACAGAUAUUGGCACGGAAAUUGAUGCUUAGCCAAGUUGUUAAUUUCCAAAAAAGUAGUCCGUUGGUUCUUGAUCCGCAAUUUGUGCAUGGUAUUAAAUGCAUACUUUUGGAUUCGAGUCUUGACAAGGAAUUUAUCGCGAAAGCAAUAACUCUCCCUGGUGAAAGUGAAAUAAUGGACUUAAUGGAAGUAGCCGACCCUGAUGCGGUCCAUGCGGUUAGAAAAUUUAUCAGAAAGCAGCUAGCUUCUCAACUCAAGCACGAGUUCUUAAAUCUGGUGAAAGAAAAUAGAAGCUCAGAGAAAUACGUGUUUGACCACACAAAUAUGGCUAGACGGGCUCUUAAGAACACUGCCCUUGGAUAUCUUGCAUCUCUUGAAGAUGAAGAAAUGACUGAGCUUGUGUUGCACGAAUACAAAACCGCUACAAAUAUGACAGAUCAGUUUUCGGCUCUGGCAGCCAUCGCUCAGAAAGCGGGUAAAGCCCGUGAUGAUGCUUUGGCUGAUUUCUAUAACCAAUGGCAGCAUGACUAUCUGGUUGUUAACAAGUGGUUUGCACUUCAAUCAUCGUCCGAUAUUCCUGGGAAUGUCGAGAAUCUUUACAAACUUUUGGGUCAUCAAGCAUUUGACCUUAAGAAUCCCGACAAGGUGUUCUCUUUGAUUGGAGGAUUCCGUGCUUCGCAUGUUAAUUUCCAUGCCAAAGACGGUUCGGGCUACAAGUUCUUGGGAGAAGUUGUGUUACAGCUUGACAAACUCAACCCACAGGUGGCGUCUGGCAUGGUUACAGCCUUUUCUAGGUGGAAGCGGUAUGAUGAGACCCGACAAAACCUUGCUAAGGCACAACUGGAGAUGAUCGUGUCGGUUAACGGACUUUCGGAGAAUGUAUACGAGAUUGCUUCAAAGAGUUUGGCUGCUUAAAAGCUAAAACCAUCUUCUCCUUGUUUACCAAAUUGGCAAUCAUACACAAAUGGAUUAGAAUGAUUAAAGCUCUUUUGGUUUUCAUGUAGUUACUGUGAUAGAAAUUUCCACACUAAGUUUGCAUUUUGUCUAUACAGCUAUUGGUUCUAAACAAGGUUUGUGAUAGAAAUGUCCACAUUAUGUAUGGGUCUUGGUUUGUGAUUUUGCACUUACAAACAGGGUUGUAAACGAACCGAACAUUCAGCGAAUAGUUUGUGAACUGUUCGGCGGGAAGUUCGUUUAAGUUUGUUCGUGUUAUUAAUGAACGAACAUGAACAGAGGUCUCGUUCGUUAGAUUGUGUUCGUGAGCGUUCGGUAACGUUCGUUCAUGUUCGUUUGUUAAUAUUGUUCAUGAAAGAUUUAUGUAAUUUUAUUGAUUUUAUCUAAA